AAAAACUCACUACUACCUAGAUAAUACACCGAAAUGGCCAAAUAUUUUCGUUUCCAGGCUUUACUAAGGUGUAGGAACGUUUUUUAAGCACAUAAAUAUAGGCUAUUUCGGUUUCAAAAGUGGUACAUCUUUUACGCGCGGCCAAAUUCGCACCCCCCUGAUUUCUGACGUAAAAACCUUGACAUCGCUCGCGGCAUAUGUAAAUAUGGCGGCAAAAUGGAAAAUAUAAACACUCGAAAGAGAAAGACUGGCGGUAAUUAUUGUGUGGCUGGUGGCCCUAGCAAGGUUAGUUGUAAGAAUAACAGUUAUACCGAUGGGGUUUCUAUGCAUUACUUUCCCAAAAACGAAGAUCUCAGGAAAAAAUGGACGAAUUUUGUUCGUAAACAUCGAAAAGACUUCGAGCCAUCGAAGAAGUCGUGUUUGUGUUCAGCGCACUUUGAAGACGAAUGCUACGAGAACCGUCCAAGUAUUAGCUUCGCUGACCUACCAAACAUCGACAAACCUCCAAGGUUUAAACAGUUUUUGAUAAAAGGAUCGGUUCCAACAAAGGAUGUCGCAGGAAAAUCCGCACAAUUGUAUGCACCGCCGAGUGCACGCCAGCGAAGACAAAUUUUAAAAGAAUUGAAUGCCUCUCAAGUUGAGACGUUGCCUCAUGAUGCUAACAGUAGUCCCAGCUCAUUACCAAACAAGCCAUCAACUGAAUGGCCAAGUCCUUCUGUCACUCCUGUACAACCUGAACCAAUCACAAGUGCACCAACCAGUACAAGCAAUCUAAGCUCAUCUGAUCAAUACACAUGGUCAAGUCCUGUCACCCCUGUAGGAGCUGCUACUACAGUUCUACAUGCACCUGGGUCCACAAAAAAGCCAGUGUGUCAUAAAUGUGUAAUGCUUAGAAAGAAAUGCACCUCGAUGAAGAGAAAGAACAACAGAUUGAAGGUUCAGAUGCAACAUUUAAAGAAUAAAGUGAAGCAAUUACGGAAGGUGCAGAGAAAAGCAGUGAUGGAAACAGGGUCCCUUGAUGACAAAGACACUACAAUAGCCUUGAUGGACGAUAGCUCUGAUGAUGAAAACGACAAUGGCAGCCAAAAUGAAGAUGAAGAUGAAGAUGAUGAUGACGAUCAUGAUGAUAGUGAUGAUGAUGGAAAUGGGAUCUACUGACGAUGAGAUGAAUUUGAAAAGAGACCCUGAUUGGACUGCACUUGAAGAAUGUGAUGCGCAGGACUCUAGUGAUGACGAAGAAGCAAAUGAAGAGCAAGAAAGGGAGCAUGCACAGAAUGAAGUCAGGUGCUGUUCACAAUCCAUACAGUUUAAUGUCACAUAGUCCAUACACAUGUGCACGGCAACCGAGACGGGAAACGACUUAUCACAGGCCCCUAAGCCUUAAAGGCCCUUGAUUUGACACAGGCAGAUUUAUAAUGUGGGGCCAGCUCACUUUCAACCUAAGUCUACACGCAUUCUAUUAUGAUACCAUUUAGCAUGGGACCCACAAUUUCUCUUGGCAGCCAUGCAUAUGUGUAAAGAGUAUGAUAUGGAUCAUGAUGGAGUCAU